GGUGCCCGAGAAACCUUUGAGAACUACUACAGGAAGCAGAGAAGAAAACAAGCCAGAUUGGUCCUGCAGCCACCUUCCAACAUGCAUGAAACUUUAGAUGGCUACAGGAAGUAUUUUAAUCAAAUUGUAGGGUUUUUCGUCGUUGAAGAUCACAUCUUGCAUACAACGCAGGGCUUGGUAAAUCGCGCCUACAUUGAUGAGCUGUGGGAGAUGGCGUUAUCAAAAACCAUCGCGGCGCUACGGACGCAUUCAUCCUACUGCUCGGACCCCAGCCUGGUGUUAGACUUGAAGAACCUCAUCGUCCUCUUUGCAGAUACGCUCCAGGGAUACGGCUUCCCGGUGAACCAGCUCUUCGACAUGCUGUUGGAGAUCCAAGACCAGUACAGUGAAACCCUGCUGAAGAAAUGGUCGGGAGUUUUCAGAAAUAUACUUGAUUCAGAUAACUACAGUCCCAUCCCGGUGACAAGCGAAGAGGUUUAUAAGAAAAUAGUUGGACAGUUCCCAUUCCAGGAUGCAGAACUUGAAAAGCAACCGUUUCCAAAGAAGUUCCCCUUUUCUGAGUUUGUGCCUAAAGUUUACAAUCAGAUUAAAGAAUUCAUCUAUGCCUGUCUGAAGUUUUCGGAAGACCUUCAUCUGAGCUCCACCGAAGUUGAUGAUAUGAUCAGAAAAUCGACAAAUCUGCUGCUGACCCGGACGCUGAGCAACUGUUUACAGAAUGUCAUCAAGAGGAAAAAUGUUGGGCUGACGGAGCUUGUACAGAUUAUUAUAAAUACGACCCACUUGGAGAAAUCCUGCAAGUUCCUGGAGGAAUUCAUAACCAAUAUCACUAAUGUACUUCCAGAAACUGUCCACACUACGAAACUCUAUGGGACCACGACCUUCAAGGACGCCCGCCAUGCUGCCGAGGAGGAGAUUUACACUAACCUCAACCAGAAGAUAGACCAGUUCUUGCAACUGGCGGACUACGACUGGAUGGCCAUGGAGCCGGGCAGCAAGGCCAGCGACUACCUUGUAGAUCUCAUUGGCUUUCUACGUAGCACGUUUGCCGUGUUCACACACCUCCCGGGGGAUGUAGAUGUCCACUCUACAAUGUCGGGGAAGGUGGCGCAGACGGCGUGCAUGUCGGCGUGCAAGCACCUCUCCACCUCGCUGAUGCAGCUGCUGCUGGAAGCCGAAGUGCGGCAGCUGACGCUGGGCGCCUUGCAGCAGUUCAACCUGGACGUGGAGGAGUGUGAACAGUUUGCCAGAUCCGGCCCAGUGCCUGGGUUCCAAGGGGACACGCUGCAGUUGGCCUUCAUCGACUUGAGACAAGUAAGUCUUUGUGUUUUUGUUUUUUGUUUUUCUUUUAAGAUGUGUGACUGA